UUAGUUCUCGUAAUCCGCCGGUUGCGGCACAGAAUGAAGAUGUAAUAGAUUUAUAAUGAUGAGUUUUGACAUAAUCAGGCAAUUGUUUAAGUGGAUGAUGAGUGAACUUCUUUCGCCUUUUGCCAACAACACUUAACGGCCUUUGGAAACAUCACACAUGUUUUUUUAUUCUCAGUUCUGAAGUCACCUGCCUUGAAAAUGUAUAUAUGUUUUGCAUUUCAAUAUAAACCGUCUGUGACUGCCAAUAUGUUCAAAGUUGUGUGUGUUGUUCUUUGGAUUAUUAUACGAGUUAAUGUCGCAAAUGGUACAUGUACUUUUAGUGUGUUUUGUGAUUAUGGAGAUGAUGAAGACUCCGUUGAUGGAUCUCAAACUUGUAAGAGCAUUGAAACAAAUACUUUUGAAGAACUACUGUCAAUUAAAAAUGCUGCCUACAUAAGAGAUCUCACUGUUGAUAAUUGUCUGAAAGAUUUAAAAUCAGGAAUUUUCAUCAAUAUUGUCAACUUGAAUGAACUAAACUUAGAAAACAACGAAAUUGAUAAAGUAUCCGUCAAUUGUUUCAACAUGUCCACACUCGUAACACUGAGAAUUACAAACUCUAAAAUUAAAACAAUAGAAGGAAAACUGGGCAACCUACCCAAACUACUAAGGUUAGUACUGAACAACAAUAAACUAACUGACUUUUCAUCAGAAGUCCUGAGCCAUCCAGAGACUCUAAGAUAUCUGGACCUUCAAACCAACAAGCUCACAAUUUUGACCUCCGAUACUUUUAAUGGUUUGAAAAAUCUUAACUCCCUCAAUUUAGCCUACAACAAAAUCAAUCUAAUCGAACCAGACUCAUUUUCUAAUUUACCCCGACUUAAUUCCAUAACUUUGACAGGGAACAACAUUCAAACUUUAACAGGCAACGAAUUACCCAAAUCUGGAUUUCAACACUUAAAAAAUUUGUAUCUAGGUGACAACAGGUUAAUGUUUCUGUCAGCAAAUUUUUUAUCCAAACUGGGAACGGACGUGGACAUUGACAUUGGUGGUAAUCCAUGGCACUGCCGAUGUUUGGAGACCAUGCUGAAGUAUUUCAACAACAGAAGAAUUUCUAUAUCAACCUGUGACGAAUUGUUGCUAGCAAGAGAUGACACACCUUAUUGUAUCCAGCCAUCGGACACUGAUUGUAAUUACAAAUAUAAUUUACCUCUUGUACAUAAAUAUUUGAAGGAAUUGAAGAAGAAUCAAAACGAAAGUCGUAGCAAUUGCUUAACGACGAUUUUAGCAGGUGUUAUCCUCGGUUAAGACUGCUGUUAGAAUUUGUUUAAGAUUUUGUCUUUGUGUUAUGACGAUUAAUAAUAAACGAUUAUCAACAGA